GCCUUACUAGUGUGUAGGCUGUAGUGACGACCGAUAAGAAGCAUUGGAAACUACAUGCUCGGCCGAUGUGUCGUCCUCUUGGACGUAUCCCGAUUUCGUGAUCUCUACAAGAGGAAAACGUGGAAGGCAUGGCUUCCUUACGUAGCGACUACGUACCAUGGUAUACGCAACUUUAUCUCACAAAGGUUGCUCUCGUAAUUCUUGUGAUGGCGCUUGCGGUAGCUGCUAACAAAAUGGACACUAAUUUGAACCAAGCCGGCUGUGGCAAAUUGGGGCCAAAGGGAAGGAUACACCACGGCAAGCCAACCUCCAAGGCGAACAUCCCGUGGAUAGUUCAAGUUUAUGGCAUAUUUGAUCUUUCGUCGAAUCAUGGAUCCUCAUGUGCCGGGAGCAUCAUUACAAGGAACCUUAUUCUGACUGCGGCGCACUGCUUGUUUCAUAACGGAGCCUUUGCGCUAAAGGCCAUGGUGGUGUACAAAUCCCAUCUGUUUCAAAAUGGUAAAGCAUUUGAAGCUGAAAAGAUGAUGGUGCACCCAAAAUACGUAAACAAGUAUGAGAUGGUGUAUGAUAUCGCCCUUCUGAAACUGGCGGUGGACCUGAAAUUCAACAGACUGGUUAAACCAGUGUGCCUGCCUACAGCAAAAAUGGACCUUGCAGGCAAGACUCUUGUAGUUGCCGGCUGGGGAAGAACAGAAUCUGCAGACGGUAGCAAAACUCUUCUGCACGCAAAAGUCGUUGCUCUCCCAGAUGAUCAGUGCCGAGCAAGAUUACCAAGACUUCCGCAUCCCUUCAUGGGACGCCGCGUGCGUCCUGGUCCCGCAAUUUGUGCUGCCGGCAAAAACCAGGGCGCCUGUGACGGGGAUUCAGGCGGACCGUUAACGCUCAGGAACGACGAUGGAAGAACGCUGCAAGUCGGAGUUGUUUCGUUUGGUCCGACGUGCCCAACCACCUCUCCGACAGUGUACGCGCGUGUUUCCAUCCACAUUAAAUGGAUUCGAAGAGCCCUCAACUGCCCCAGAAAGUGGAGAAAGCUCCACUACACCCGGCAGGAAGUGACCCUCGGCUAGGCAAAAUGAGGCUCUUCCAUUGUAACAGUGUUGAAAAGUCUACUUGGAAUGGUUGGCUAAUUGGUCAGUUAUGUUGAAAAGAACAGCGCUAAGACGCCGAAAAUAAAACCCGGCUCCCCGUCCCAACUCCUUGAAAAAAUAAAAAUAAUAAGAGAGGCAAUGCUGAAA